CACGCGCCGGUGUGACGUCUAGCAAAGGGAAACCACUCGUAUUGGUUUCCGUAUUACUAUCUGCAGACGAAACUUAAAUUUGCGAAAAGCUUUACAGGACGUCUGAGGCAUCAACAGUCUAAAUUAAGUCUGUAUCGAAGACUUUUAUGCACAAUGAGAACAUCACUUCUUAGGCCUUUGCAGUGUUUCACAAGACUACGAAGGUCAAGUCCAAACCAUCCUCGUCAUUUUCACCGAUCGCCAUGGCAGCACCAUCCCUUAGUUCCUAUUGUAAUUGAGCAAACGGGACGAGGUGAAAGAGCAUACGAUAUAUAUUCACGAUUAUUAAAAGAAAGAAUCAUCUGCGUCAUGGGCCCGAUUUCUGACGAUCUGUCAAGUCUGGUGGUGGCCCAGCUCUUGUUUCUUCAAUCUGAAAGUAGUAAGAAAGCCAUCCACAUGUACAUCAACAGUCCUGGAGGGUCUGUGACAGCUGGCCUUGGGAUCUAUGACACAAUGCAGUAUGUUCAGCCUCCUAUUGCUACAUGGUGUGUGGGCCAAGCAUGCAGCAUGGCAUCAUUGUUGCUGUGUGCAGGAGAACAAGGGAUGCGUCAUUCCUUGCCAAACUCUCGUGUCAUGAUACAUCAGCCCUCUGGCCAGGCAGCAGGUCAGGCCACAGAUAUCCAGAUCCAAGCAGAGGAAAUCAUAAAGCUGAAGCAGCAAAUCAAUCGGAUCUAUGUCAAGCAUACAGGCCAACUACUAAGUGUCAUAGAAAACAGUAUGGAAAGAGACCGUUUUAUGAGCCCACAAGAAGCAAAGGAGUUUGGCUUGAUUGACAAAAUUCUAGAACAACCACCAAAGCUAGAAGACUCAAGAGACACAUGGUCAUCGUCUUCACAAAAUGCUUCCAGUGGCCAAGAUUUGUGUAACUAAAAUGAGAGCAGCACAAUGGGGGGACAAAUAAAAGUUUGUUUUACUGUAAGUAUUUGUUGAUGACAUAGAUCUGGCUGUUUUAUGAAAAUAAAAUCUUUGUUCAGUUC